AAGACGUGGAAAUUGGGGGGAGAGGGGAAAAAAAGGGGGGAAAGGGUCUGUCCUUCCUGGGAUUCCUAGCCGAGUCUAGCCUGCUGCUGCGUGCGUGUGCGUCAGGGCUCUCCGGGCGGCAAUGGGGAAUUGAGAACCGGGUCCCCGGCGCCGGGAAGGGAGCGCGGCGGCCGCCACCGCCACCGCCCCGGAGUCAGGCGCCGAAGCUGCGGGCGGGCGGGCUGGCGGGCACGGGCGCGGGCCGGGGCUGCUUGGCGCGGCACGGUGCGGUGCGGCGGCGGCGCGGCGGUGCGGGCUUUACCCAGGCGCCCCGGGGUCGGGUGGCACUGAGCGCGACCGGCUCGCGGCGGUGGUGGCGGCGUGCGUGCAGGGGGCUGGGGGCUCCGCCGCUUCGCCCGCGGCUCACCGGGCUCCGCGCUUCCCUCUCUCCAGGGCGGGCGGCUUCGCAGAGCUUGGCUUCCACCGACUUUGCUAAUCGCCCGGACCGCAUCUGGACGCUCCGGCUCCGGGGCUGCACAAAGCUCAGGUUUCCUUCGGGGACUGGAGACGAGAGGGGCUUUGGGGGCCGAGUUCAGCCAAUUGCGGGAUGGAAGUUAGCGAAUUUGGGCAACUUGCCUCUUCUACCCAGCCGACCUUUACUCUCCCCCACACGCACGCCCACACACCCACGCACACCCACGCACACACCCCUCUCCCUAUAAAUGAGGGCCGCGGGGCCGGGCCGCGCACUGAGUCCCUGCUUCGCGGAGCGCCGGACUUGGAGUCAAACAGACCUGGCUGCGAAUCCCGGCUCCGCCACUUUCUAGCGCUGUGACCUUGGCACAAAAGCUCCACCUGACAGCAUCAUCUCCCACCAAUUUAUCCAACUUCUGCCAAGGCUCUGAAAUGCCAACUAUGUCAAGGCCUGCACUCGAUGUCAAGGGUGGCACCUCACCUGUGAAGGAGGAUGCCAACCCUGAGAUGAGCUCGCUGGCCUACUCUAACCUGGGCACAAAAGACCGCAAAGCAGUGGCCAUCCUGCACUACCCUGGGGUAGCCUCAAACGGAAGCAAGGCCAGUGGGGCUCCCACUAGUUCCUCGGGAUCGCCAUCUCCAAUAGGCUCUCCUACUGCCACCCCUCCCACUAAACCCCCACCCUUCAACCUGCACCCUGCCCCACAUCUGCUGGCCAGUAUGCAGCUGCAGAAACUUAAUAGCCAGUAUCAUGGGAUGGCCGCCGCCGCCGCCGCCGCCGCCGCUGCCGCCACUCCGGGCCAACCCGGGGAGGCAGGGCCCCUACAAAACUGGGGCUUUGGGGCUCAGGCGGGAGGGGCGGGAUCACUCUCUCCUUCUACCGGUGCCCAGAGCCCUGCUAUCAUCGACUCGGACCCCGUGGAUGAGGAGGUGCUGAUGUCGCUGGUGGUGGAACUGGGACUGGACCGAGCCAAUGAGCUUCCGGAGCUGUGGCUGGGGCAGAAUGAGUUUGACUUCACUGCGGACUUUCCAUCUGGCUGCUGAUGAUGCUCGCUGUCCCUAAAGAUGGAGGAACAAAGCCACCGAUUCUGUUGUAAAUAAAAAAUAAAAGUUACUUACAGAGA